AUGUCUUCUGUUGGAACUAUUGCCUCUGAUGACUUCGAUAUCACUCCGAAUCAUGCAUUGAUAGACAGCAUCACUGUCAUUGGGAAGGCUUAUCUCCAUCGCCAAUUGACGAUGUCAUUCACUGGUUGUGUUCCCACACCAAGAUUCACAGUGUCAUCCAUCACUCAGCAACCUCAAACGUCACUCUUGGAUUCGAUGGCACAAGACGCGACGACACGGGAUCCUUCGGAUGAUCUUGACGGAGAUAUUUUGACAUUCUCAGAACUCGAUUUCGCAAGACUGGGACUUGUAAAUAAAGAGUCGAAUCAGCAAUUCUCACCUGACUUCAGCCUUUCAGCUCAGGAAUACCCAUUUCCGACACAUAACGAUGUCUUUGCUCCAGAACAAAACUUCUUCACAGACGAUUUUCCCCUAGAUCUAACGUCAAAUACACAUAGUGAACUAUGGUUUGACCCAGAAUUAAGUCUUCAAUCAUGGCAAACAACUCCGCCAAUGCAACCAGACAAUGGCCGAGAUAUCUCACCGCUCAAUACAACUCAUGGUACCAUCGGGACGCCUCCGCUGGCCAGCCCCUCAUUUGAUCAAGCCUUUGCAGGCCUUUCGCCACUAGAAAGCCAGCACAGCAGCCUCCCACGACGAAGGAGUCAAUAUUUCAGAAGCCAAUUACAAGGUACCCCAAGCGAGCCUGUUUCGAUUCCCCGAUCAAGCCUCCGGCGCGACAGUAAUCGCAACCCCAUGCAAAGAUGGCAGAAUUCGCCACCUGAAGCCGAGCCAGCCUCGUUAUCCGCUAUAGCCGACGCCCUCGAGAAAACACCUCUGCGAAAACGCUCGUCAGCUGGAAGUUUGGGCAGUAGAAGGGUUGCAAGCCGUGCAGGAUCUAUCGCUAGUUUUGGGAGCGUAACAAGUUGCUCAACUGCUUCUGUUGGAUCGCCACAUUCCACUGCACGACGGGGAAGAGUCACCAAAUCGAAACAUCACCUCGUUCAACAUCUACGACUAGUCCAUCACGUCAAGACGCUACCCAUCAUCGAUGCAUGGAAAGUCGAAGGGCCGCCGAUAAAAUCGAGAUGCGGGAUCUGCGAUAUUCGAAUGGAGACUUGGCAAGAACGGGUAGAACAUCUGGCCAAACAUUUCCGCAGGGGUGAUACGAUGGAAGCCUGGAAGGGCGAGCACGAUUUCGAGCCGCAUGUCAGUGCAAGAGUGACGAAUGCUCUGGCACCGUAUAUAAUUGCAGCGGAAGAAAGAGCCCCGGUGCCUUUUUCUGCUACUGAUCCGAGCUCGAGGGAUCAUUUCCAUCAGAUUGUGAAGAAUGCUGGAGCUGAAGUUGAAGCAGCGAAACAACCUGACGGGGAACUGCCGGUCUCCCCAGAGAUAUCUCCUCUACCCGAACAGCCUGUUGCCGCAGAUAUCAGCUCCAUGUCUUUUCCGGAAUUUCUGGUACAUCAUUUGGGACGCUAUGCACAACAACAGAUGAGUCUCGGUAUUAUGCCGACAGAUGAGAUGUUUCAGACAGAGGCGAGGAAGCUUGUUUAUAAUACUAUGGAUCCGUGGGACCAAACGUUGGCAGACAACAAGGAUUGGCUUUCUUGUUUUCGAAAUUCUUAUCUUGGCGGUUCUUCUAGUGGAUAG